AUGCCUAGACGUGAGUCUGUCUCAUUGGGGAGAUGUUUGAAGUACAACAUCGGCUCCUUCCUAGCAGUCUUCGUAUUGGGAUGGCUGGCCCUACAGCAGCGAAUCCUGAGCCCCUGCCCUGAUGCUGGACUCCAAGCCUCACCACUGCGAGCACUUCGAAGCGACCAGGAAGAUGAGGUGGAGACCAAAGCUGAGAAAGGAUCAGACGUUGCGGAGGCCCCAUUGCAAGCUGCCAAAGAAGCGGACAGGUAUGAUCAAGCUGCCAAAGAAGCGGACAAAGAUGAUCACACCGGCGGACCAGCUGUGGAACGAGAAGGCAACCAAGAUCGACAAGCUGAAGGAUCCAAAGGCCUAUGGGUCUUUUGCGCCCCCCAGUGGCAGGAUUGCACGUGCCAGGGCCGAGUUCGUUGGGGCAACGAGGAGACCUGGCUGGUGAUGACGCCGAAGGAUGCGAAGCCUUUGACAGUGACCUGCAGCGUGCAAGUUCUUGAAGAUGUCCUUCCAGGUGAUGAUGGCAAACAUUGCGAGUGCGAGAUCAUCCUGGGCAGUGCUUUCCACAAGGGCUUGAACCCAAUGUGGCUGCCAGAGGUGGAGGAGGACAAGGCGCCGCUGGUUGCCUCCUGCCAACUGUGGGAAGAAGACAGAGGAAGUCGCUGGGGACAGGAGCAGUGGAAAGCUGUCGAGGCAUUUUGUUCACAGGAUUGGUCUGGCGAGGAGCCUGGAGAACGGACGAUCCCUUUGGAGACAAUGCGGCAGCUCAUGGAAGCACGUGUGGACCCGCGGUUCCGAGAGGUCUAUCAGACACUUGGCCCGUUUUUUGCAGAUGAGCUCAUCCGAUCGGUGCACAUGUUCUCUCAGGAGCUGAUUAUUGUGGUGAACUUUGGGAUGACAAGUUCCACAAAGCUCACGCCCGAGCGCUUCCCACAGCUCUUGCUGUUGCAUGCGCGGCCGAUGGAUGUCCAGCUCAAACGCAGCUUCAACUUCAACAAGCUGCGUGCCUUCCUUUUCUCCCGAGCUCUGGCGGGGGUGGGUUUGGAUUCAGACCAGUGGGUGGCCCCGGGCGUGGACCGCUUGUUCGACAUGACCGAGCGGGAGAUUCACGAGAAGUAUCCCUUCCCCAUCAUGCCGGUGCACUUCCUGGAUCGUGGACCUAAGGACUUGGGCGUUUGGUGGAGCCGGUACUGCCCGAAUGAUGUUUGUAGUCUCCAAACCAUGCGCUGGGGCCAUGCUCACCCGACAUGGACCUAUUGGGCGUUGCCCUUCCUCGGCCGCUGGCUGCGGCGGAACUUCCGCGACGAGACCCUGCCAGCCACGGGGAAGGCGAUCGCAUUGAGAGUGGUUGAGAUCCCUGAGGAUGAGGACUUGUUGAAUGUGGGUCUAUGGGAAGAAAAGGCCCACAAGCAGUGGUGCAAGUUUGACAUCACCGACCCCUUGGAGUUUCAGUUUCUGUUCGAUUGGAAGACGAAGUACGGCAACAGGUGCUCAAUGGGUGGACCUGGCUGUUCCAACAUUUCGCCCGAUCGCCGUUUCUACAAGCGGGGUGCAGCCAAGUUGUUCUACACGGCCCACCAUGCGGUCAACCCAACGGACACGCAUAAACAAGUUGAUCGCAUCAUGAAGAAAUGGAAAGAAGGCACAUGGCCGAGCUCCACCAUCGUCUACGAGCGAAAGCUUUGGGUAGCCAGUGACUUGAAGAAAGCCCAUCCUCAACUGGAAUGCCUGGUGUGA